UUGACGGAAUUAUCCUUCCAUUGUGUUAAUUUUACAUUGCAAUAAUUUUUAAUGUCUUACUCACGAAAUCUAUUUUGAAAAUUUAGGGGUCCUAUACAUUUUACACUUUCACAGGAAGCGAUUUAUCAAGUUGGAUGCCGUACCGCGAAAUUAGAAUUAACUCCCUUGGCGAAAGUGAAAGUCACAUGCACCGGAAACAUGAUCGGUUUAAAAGUAAACAAGGACUAGAAAAAUGAUUUUCUGCUUGAAAUAAUAGUGGAAAAGAAAAGGUUUACGAAGUUAAUAGGAAAUAAUAGCAACAUAAUAUUGUUUUUCUUUCCUUUAUUCAUUUAUUUCCUUAGUACUGCGAAAAUAGGUGCAAACAGGCUAUAGACAAGGGUUCCAGCUGUCAAAAUGGCAUUUUUGAGAAGUUGCAAAGCCUGUUGCACCUCAGAUUGUUCAAGAUGAUGAGCCAUGGACACCGGUGGCUUAUACCGUAUUCAAGAUCGUCAUGUCUGCCAGACUGUGUGCUGCUGCUUGGAAUAUUGUUGGUGACUGUGAUGAAACAUACAAUUAUUGGGAACCAACCCACUACUUGAUGUUUGGCAAGGGUUUUCAGACAUGGGAAUACUCACCAGUAUAUGCUAUACGCUCAUAUGCCUACCUCCUGCUUCAUACGCUGCCAAUGAGGUUGUAUGGACUGUUUGCCACACCUAACCCUGUGAUGUUGUUCUUUAUAACCCGGUGUGUGUUGGCAUUUGCUUGUGCAUUAUGUGAGGUGUACUUUUACAAGGGAGUAUGUAAGCAGUUUGGAAACAACGUGGCUCGUGUAAUGUUGUGUUUUCAAAUACUGAGUGCCGGCAUGUUUAUAUCAUCAUCAGCCUAUCUUCCCAGCAGUUUCUGCAUGUAUAUGACAUUCCUUAGCUUCGGAGGAUGGUUUCUGGAAAAAUAUGAGGUAGCUAUUAUGGCAACAGCAGCCAGUGCAAUACUUGGUUGGCCCUUUGCUGGAAUUAUUGGGGUUCCAAUUGCUUUUGAUGUCUUGUUACGGAAAAGAAAAAUUAAAUUGUUUAUAUUGUGGUGCUUCCUGGCUCUUGUUACAUUUUUGUUACCAAUGAUGCAGAUAGACCAGUAUUACUAUGGAAAGUUAGUUAUCGCUCCUUUAAACAUAGUCAUGUACAAUGUGUUCACAGAUCAUGGACCAGACCUAUAUGGUGUGGAACCAUUUUCAUUUUACAUCUUCAAUGGACUGCUGAAUUUCAAUGCUGUAUUUAUAUGGGCUGUGUGCUCACUACCUUUUGUGGUUGUCUAUAAUUGGUUGAUGAAAGACAAGGAAAGAGGACUCCCAUGUUGGCUGGCAUUGUCUUCUAUGUAUAUCUGGUUUUUGAUAUUCUUCACCAGACCACAUAAAGUAAGUUAAGCUGUUUUACUAGUACUCAGGUAGUUAU